AUGCUACAAGCACUGAUUCCAGGCUGGUCCAUUCAUAGAUACUGCCUUCGAGUACUACUAUUGCUGCAGCAACUACUCGUCCUUGCUGCUGCUACGCAAGCCAUGGAUACGACACAAAGGUGCUCAAAUGAUACUGAUGUUAUGGAUCAUCUACUUACGGAAACCGCUUUACGCUACAAUCGUCAUAAAUUGCCUUCAAGGCCUGUUGUUGUACGAAUUGAAAUGUGGAUUCAGGAAGUCACUUCAGUUUCCGAGCUUACGCAGGAUUUUGAAAUUGGUUAG